AAUUUCCAAAACGAAACCCUUUUGCUGUUUUGCACAUUUAUGGUAGCCGCGAACUUCGCAUUUAGGCAGACAACAACGUUCUGAAUACGACAGCGUUUUCUUCUCAAUGAACAUAUUAAUACCUCAAUUUCAUUUCGCCUUCUUUCUUUACUGCCGCCCUUAAAACUCUCUCUCUCACACUGAACUUGAAGGUCUAACAAUGGCGGAACAAGAGAGUAGUUCAAAGGUUGAAGAAGAAGAAAAACACCCAGAAAUGGCAGCGGAUGAACAAAGAGCAAUCUUCGUUGAUACCAAUCUUGACACUCACUUAGCCAUCCCCAUAUCUCCAAAUUAUUCUAUCUCCUCUCUCAAACGAGACAUUUGUGUGGAGCAUUUGAAAUACUUUCCUGAAUUUGGGAGGGUCACAACUGAAGCUAUCUUGGUGAAAUGUAAUGAGAGUUACUAUCAUCUUCCAGACACUAUGUUUCUCAAAACUGCUUUUCAUGGGGUAGCAGGGACCUGGUUUGUAUUUGCUGAUGUCCGGGAACUGGUCCGUUCUUUGAAGUCCCAGAACUAUUCGGAAUCCAAGCCCAUAAAACCAUCUAGGCAGCUUCAUAUUGAAUUCAAGCCAGCAGUACCAUCUCCCCAUCAUGAUGAAUUCAAGCAGGUAGAAACAGAACGAGCUCCCCAACAUCAUUAUGAAUCCAAGCACGUAGAAUCGCCACAGUCUCGUGUGAGUCCAGAUCUGAGUUUGAGUAAAAAGAAGAGGAAGAGGAAAUUGAAUUGUAAACAACAUGUGGGUGAGAUUGAUAUUGAUGAGAUGAAUAUGCAGCCUAAUGAGAUUAGCAAACCUAAAGGGCCUAAUAAUAAGAAGAUCAGCUGCAAAAGUGAAGAAAAAGGUACUAGAACCACAGAAGACGUCUCACAGUCACAGCUGAACAAUGUUCCAGAGCUGUUGUCUCAACAUGAUCCAUUGAACUUUUUGAAGGAAAUCAAGGAAGAUAUUCCUUUGUUGAAGUCAGACAACACUGCUAAGAAAAGGAAAACAUCUGAAGGCGGACGAAAAGGCAGGACAACUGUUGUAAAUGCAUCACCAUUGCCUCUAGAAAAUGCUCCAGAGCCAUUGUUGUCUCAGAAUGAGUCAUUGAACAUAGUUCAAAGACAAAAUGAAAUUGAGGAAGAUGUUGCUUCUUUCAAGUCAGAGAAAACUUCAAAGAAAAGGAAAAUUAGUAAAGCCAAAAGCUCUGGUGCUGAAAAUCAGGAUUUGUCUAGCAGAGGGCAAACUGAUGAUAAAAAAGCAGAUGAGACAGGGCAUAUUCGUGGUGAACCAUCACUAGUAGACGAUGUUAGCAGACCUGAAGAAAGUGUGGAAACCAUUAGUGGGAAAAUGAAGAAGAGGUCACGAAACAAGAAUGCUGUUCCUGAGUUGGACCCUCCUGGGUCACCUGUGCAAGAGCAACCACCAUUGCUUCUGAACAAUGCUCCAGAGCCAUUGUUGUAUCAGAAUGAGUCAUUGCACUUAGUUGACAGAGAAAAGGAACCUGAGGAAGCUGUUGUUUCUUUGAUGUCAGAGAAAACGUCUAAGAAAAGCAAAAUUAGUAAAGCCAAAAGCUCUGGUACUAAAAACCAAAUUUUGUCUGGCAGAGGGAAAGCUGAUGAUCAAAAAGCAGAUGAGACAAGGCAUAUUCGUGGUGAAAAUUCACUAGUAGACGAUGUUAGCAGAUCUGAAGAAAGUGCAGAAACUGUUAGUGGUAAAAUGAAGAAGAGGUCUCGAAACAAGAAUGCUGUUCGUGAGUUGGACCCUCCUGGGUCAUCUGUGCAAGAGCAACCACCAUUGGCUCUAAACAAUGCUCCGGAGCAAUUGUUGUCUCAGAAUGAGUCAUUGCACUUUGUUGGCAGAGAAAAGGAAAUCGAGGAAGAUGUUACUUCUUUGAUGUCAGAGAAAACUUCUAAGAAAAGCAAAAUUAGUAAAGCCAAAACCUCUAGUACUAAAAACCAGAAUUUGUCUGGCAAAGGGCAAACUGAUGAUAAAAAAGCAGAUGAGACAAGGCAUAUUCGUGGUGAAUUCUCACUUGUAGACGAUGUUAGCAGACCUGAAGAAAGUGUGGAAACUGUUCAUGGGAAAAUGAAGAAGAGGUCUCGAAAAAAGAAUUCUGUUUCUGAGUUGGACCCUCCUGGGUCACCUGCGCAAGACCAACCACCAUUGGCUCUAAAAAAUGCUCCAGAGCCAUUAUUGUCUCAGAAUGAGUCAUUGCACUUAGCUGACAGAAAAAAGGAAAUUGAGGAGGAUGUUGCUUCUUUGAUGUCAGAGAAAACUUCCAUGAAAACCAAAAUUAGUAAAGCCAAAAGCUCUGGUACCAAAAACCAGAAUUUGUCUGGCAAAGAGCAAACUGAUGAUAAAAAAGCAGAUGAGACGAGGCAUAUUCGUGGUGAACUUUCACUAGUAAACGAUGUUAGCAGACCCGAAGAAAGUGUGGAAACUGUUAGUGGGACAAUGAAGAAGAGGUCUCGAAACAAUAAUGAUGUUCCUGAGUUGGACCCUGCUGGGUCACCUUUGCAAGAGCAACCACCAUUGCCUCUAAACAACGCUAUAGACUCAUUGUUGUCUCAAAAUGAGUCAUUGCACUUAGUUGACAGAGAAGAGGAAAUUGAGAAAGAUGUUGCUUCUUUGAUGUCAGAGAAAACUUCUAAGAAAAGCAAAAUUAGUAAAGCCAAAAGCUCUGGUGCUGAUAAUCAGGAUUUGUCUAGCAGAGGGCAAACUGAUGAUCAAAAAGCAGAUGAGACAAGGCAUAUUCGUGGUGAACUUUCACUAGUAGACGAUGUUAGCAGACCUGAAGAAAGUGUGGAAACUGCUAGUCGGAAAACGAAGAAGAGUUCUCGAAACAAGAAUGCUGUUCCUGAGUUGGACCCUCUUGGGUCACCUGCGCAAGACCAACCACCAUUGGCUCUAAAAAAUGCUGCAGAGCCAUUGUUGUCUCAGAAUGAGUCAUUGUACUUAGCUGGCAGAGAAAAGGAAAUUGAGGAAGAUGUUACUUCUUUGAUGUCAGAGAAAACUUCUAAGAAAAGCAAAAUUAGUAAAGCCAAAAGCUCUGGUACUAAAAACCAGAAGUUGUCUGGCAAAGGGCAAACUGAUGAUCAAAAAGUAGAUGAGACAAGGCAUGUUCAUGGUGAACUUUCACUAGUAGAUGAUGUUAGCAGACCCGAAGAAAGUGUGGAAAAUGUUCGUGGUAAAAUGAAGAAGAGGUCUCGAAACAAGAAUGCUGUUCCUGAGUUGGACCCUGCUGGGUCACCUGCGCAAGAACAACCACCAUUGCGUCUAAUCAAUGCUCCAGAGUCAUUGUUGUCUCAAAAUGAGUCAUUGCACUUAGUUGACAGAGAAAAGGAAAUUGAGGAGGAUGUUGCUUCUUUGAUGUCAGAGAAAACUUCCAAGAAAAGCAAAACUAGAAAAGCCAAAAGCUCUGGUACUGAAAUCCAGGAUUUGUCUAGCAAUGGGCUAACUGAUGAUCACAUAACAGAUGAGACAAGGCAUAUUCAUGGUGAAACUUCAUUAGGAGAUCAUGUUAGCAGACCUGAAGAAAGUAUGGAAACUGUUAGAGGGGAAAUGAAGAAGAGGUCUCGAAACAGGAAAGCUGUUCCUGAGUUGGACCCUCCUGGGUGUCCUGCGCAAGAGCAACCAGAUGAGGAAAUGAGGGAAAUGGCUGACCCUGUAACUGUGAUUCGAAUUGAGGAACCCAAGAAGAGCAGCCAGAAGAAGCAGCCUGUUUCUGCACAGGACAGUUCCAGCUUACCUGUAAAUAAGCAUAUAGAGGAUGCACCAAGGGAAACGUAUGCGCCUAAAACAGUGGAACAGGUGCAUGAUAUUCUAAUAGAGUGCGAUACUAAUGAUGCUGCUUUAAAGUCAGAGAAGACUGCAAAGAAAAGUAGAAUAAAAGCCAAUGAACAAGAAUAUAGCAAAAACACCGAAGAUACAUCACCAUCACAUCCGAACAAUGUUCCGGAACUUCUGUUGUCGCAAGAUGUGUCGUUGAAUUCGGCUGAAAGAGAAAAGGAAAUCGGAGAAAGAAAAGGUGAUAAAGCCAAGAGCCUUGGUCAAGAAAACGGAGACUUGUCUAGCACAAGGCAAAAUGAUGAUAAAAAAUCAGGUGAAACGAGGCAUGUUCAUGGAGAACUUUCGCUGCCUGAUGAUAUUAUCAGAUCUGAAGAUAGUGUGGAAACUAUGAGUGGAAAACUAAAGAAGAGUUCUCGAAACAGGAGAGCUGUUCCUGUGAUGGACCCUGAUGGGUCUCUUGUGAAAGAGCAUCCAUACGAGGAAAUUACAGAAAUGGCUGCACCUGUAAAUGUGAUUCAAGGUGACAAACCCAAGAAUCAGCAGCCUGUUCCUGUACAAGGCCUUUCCAGCUUACCUGUGAAUCAGCAUUUGAAUGAAACAACGAUGGAAAUGGAUACAGCUAAAAUGAUGGAACAAACUGAUGAUCUCUUGACAAAACGCGAGACUGAUGAUGCCAAAAACGUGAAAGUGAUACAGCAUGAAGGGGACCAAGAUGGAUUGAGUGAGAUGCCUGCCCUAAAAGUGCCUUCUGGUUUAGUAGAUUUGAGCAGUCCAGAAAAGCCACGGCCAAGUAAGCAGGGUGCAAAGAAACUUGAGAGAGUUUUAUCUGUAGAAACUUCAUCUAAUAGACAAAACUUGGUAGGAUCAAAGAAGAAUAUAGGAAGCCCAAAAAAUUCUGAGCUUCAGAAACCCAUCAACUAUCAAAAGAACGACGAAUCUAUGACUCGUGCAAAACAUUCAAUGAUAUCUAAAGUAAUGGACACACUAGGUCCUCUAGAUGAUCAUACGAACACUUUUGGAAAAGCUGGUGUUUCCAGUGCAAUUGCAGUCAGAAAGAUCCAUCAACGGGAAAAGGCCAAGGGGACAUCAAAGACGCUGGAAAAGAAUAGCACAGGCACUAGAAAAUCUUCUCGUUUGAGCAUGAGAGAAACUGUGAAUGCCUCAGCACAGAAGAAAGGGUUUGCUUCUUCCGGGGCUAUUUUCGAAGAUGGAUCUAGUUCAAGUUCCGAUGAUGAACACAGAAGCUCUAACGUCACACUUCCACCAGACGAUCUAUCUUCGUCUGAUUACUCAGAAGGGGAAAGCCAAGGUGUGGUGAUAUCCCAACAUGAUACUUCAAAUGGUAAUGGUAAUGGAAGGAGCAAAACAAACGCAUCUGACUUGAAGCUGAAAUGGAUCCUACGUAGCUCAAGUAGAUACAAAAAGGCCAAGUUGGUGGCUUCACAGUCACAGGAUGAGAGUCAGGAUCCUGAGUUUGUUCCUGAUAGUCAAGCAAACAUGUAUUGAUGAUGAUAAUGGGAUCGCGUAGCUGUGAGGAGUUGUUUAGUUUUAUGCUUUCCUAAAACACUUUUAAUUAUAGUUAAGUUUAUGUCAAACUAUAUCAGUUGCUAAAUUUUCGACUUAAGUUUUUAUCAAUGGAUGACUAUAAUACUUAAGUUAUAAUAUGUUUAAGUUUAUGAAUU